AUGGCGAACAGUUCAGCCUACCUAGACGCCAUCGGCAAACCUCUGCGUGUCGGAGAAGCCGAGAUCCCUCAACCAGGAAAACAUGACAUUGUCGUCAAAAACCGCGCCAUCGCCCUCAACCCGGCAGACCACAUGCAAGCCAACACCAACUUCAUGAACUUCCCCUACCCCAUCGUCCUCGGCUCAGAUGUCGCUGGACACGUCCACUCCGUCGGAACCCAAGUGACCCGAUUCCAACCUGGCGACCGCGUGGCGGGCUUCGCUCAAUGGCUGAUUCGCGGGACGCCAGAGGACGGAGCAUUCAGUCUUUACACGCGGCUUCCGGCUGGUAACGCCGCACGGAUUCCGGAGAGUGUUUCGUUCAACGAGGGUGCGGUGCUGGGGAUGGCGAUCGGGACGGCGGUGUCCGGGUUGAAUGGAGAGGGGCACUUGGGUCUGUUGUUUCCAACGUUGAACACCGAGUCGGAUGGGAGGGUGCUUGUGGUGUAUGGAGGCUCGAGUUCGAUUGGCUCGAUGGCGAUUCAAUUGGCGGCUGCAGCAGGACUUCGGGUGGUAAGCAUCUCCAGUGCGAAGAAUUUUGACAUGUGUCGACGCUGCGGUGCUUCUUCAACCUUCGACUACACCAGCGCCAGUGUCGUUGACGACGUCGUCGCUGCGGUUGGCAAAGACCCUUGCGUGGGCAUCUUCGAAUCGAUAUCUAGCGAGGACUCCUUCAAGACCAGCCUCGCCAUCCUGGAAAAGCUUGGAGGCGGCCGCAUGGCUUGCAGUCUGCCUCCCCCGAAGGAAUUGUCCGAUCAUAUCAAGGCAACUUGGAUGGUGGCUACCGGCGAGCAUUCGAUCCCGGUAUUCGAAGACUUCGUUACGCAGGCGCUUGAGAGUGGACGACUGAAGUGUCUGCCGGAGCCGUUAGUAGUGGGAAAGGGAUUGGAGAGCUUACAGAAGGCUUUGGAGGUGUUGCAGGCGGGCAUGAGUGCGAGGAAAGUCGUGGUGGAGCUUUAG